AUGGCGGAAGGUACCCCUCCACCGGAAACCAUCGCGCACGAUGACCUCUGCCCUGUAUGCCAUCUCCUCCUCUUCGCGCCCGUAAAAACGACAUGCGCCCACAUCCUCUGCGGCUCCUGCAUGGCGCAAUGGGCCGACGCCUCCUCCACCAGCAACAUCAGCCAUUCGAGCCUCGAUCUCGACCUCUCACACUUCGACCCGUCGUACGAUCCUACCUACGACCUCGAGGCGAACUGUCCCAUGUGCCGCACGCGCACGACGGCGUCGCCAGACAAUGCGCUGGCUCGGCAGCUGGAGCAGCAAUACCCGAAUACAUACGAGGAGAGGAGGAAGGAAGAGGAGGUUGAGAGGGGCCAGCGCGUGGGAGAAGGUGGUGUGGAAGGUGUUAUGAUUCUGAUUGGGAAUAGGCAUCGGCUUGUGAGGGGUGAGGAGACUGCCAAUAAGCACGAUUGGACGUUCUUCGUGAGAACGUCGAGGCCAGAUAUUGUGGAAGAGGUUCGGGUUAACUUGCAUCCUACCUUCCGGCCCCCGCGGCUGGUGCUCAGGCAGCCGCCGUUUGAGGUGAGGAGGCUCGGCUGGGGGUACUUUACGAUUGAGGCGCAGAUUGUGCUGAAGGAGCCGUAUGGGUGGGUGAAAGAUGGAGGUGAGAGGAGGCACGAGGGGUUAGAGCUGACGUGGACGCUGGAUUUUGAGGGGAGGGGACGGCAGGGCAGGGUUAGGGCGAAGGUGAGAAAGGUUGAAGAGACGGCGGGGGAGGGAGAGGGAGAGUUGGAUGAAGGACAGGACAGGAGGAGUCCGGUGAAUUGGCCACAUCUGGAUCGGGACGAAUGA